UAAUGUAUUUUUUGGGUGGGUGUCUCGCUCCUCGGUGCGGAGCAGCCGGGCGCCGCGACUCCAUGGCACUGGCGCGCCGAGAGCCUCCUGCCACCGCAGCCCCGGGCCAGGCGUGAGCGGGAGGGAGGGAGAGAGGCAGGGAGAGGGGCGCCGCCGCCCCGGAGCGGAGCGGAGCAGCCGGCAGAGGCGAAGCGGCGCAGCCGGGAGGCGAUCGCGGCUCGGAAGCAACUUUUCUCCCCGGAGCCCGGCGGGGCAGCAGCGCCUCCCGCCCCGCACCAGCCCCGCGCCCCUCCGGGAGGGGAGGGGAGGGGGCGCGCACAGGGAUAUGCCAUUUGGACCAUGUAGUUGCCACCCCGGGAGCUGAGACGUCGCCCGGCCGCCGACAUGAAGCUGGCCAGCGGACUCCUUUGCUGCCUCUGCUUCCUGGGGAGCUGCGGGACCCUGCAGCCCGGCGCCGCUCAGUCAGUGUGUGCUGGUACUGAGAACAAGCUGAGUUCUCUCUCGGAUCUGGAGCAGCAGUACCGAGCAUUGCGCAAGUAUUAUGAAAACUGCGAGGUAGUUAUGGGCAACCUGGAAAUCACCAGCAUUGAACACAACCGAGACCUGUCCUUCCUAAGGUCUAUCCGAGAAGUCACAGGGUAUGUCCUGGUGGCUUUGAAUCAAUUUGAGCACCUCCCAUUGGAAAACCUACGCAUCAUUCGUGGGACAAAACUCUAUGAGGACCGUUAUGCUUUAGCAAUAUUUCUUAACUACAGAAAGGAUGGUAACUUCGGACUUAGGGAGCUCGGCCUUAAGAACUUGACUGAAAUACUGAAUGGAGGAGUGUACGUUGGCCAGAACAAAUUUCUUUGCUAUGCGGACACUAUUCAUUGGCAAGACAUUGUGCGUAACCCUUGGGCCUCCAACUUCACUUUGGUUCCAACAAAUGGCAGCUCAGAAUGUGGACGAUGUCACAAAUCCUGUACAGGCCGAUGCUGGGGACCCACAGAGAAUCACUGCCAGACCUUAACAAAGACAGUGUGUGCAGAGCAAUGUGAUGGACGAUGCUACGGGCCUUAUGUCAGUGACUGUUGCCAUCGGGAAUGUGCUGGAGGUUGUUCUGGACCUAAAGACACUGAUUGCUUUGCUUGCAUGAAUUUCAAUGACAGUGGAGCGUGUGUCACUCAGUGCCCCCAGACUUUUGUCUACAAUCCCACCACCUUCCAGCUGGAGCACAAUCAUAAUGCCAAGUAUACCUAUGGAGCUUUUUGUGUCAAAAAAUGUCCACAUAACUUUGUGGUGGAUUCUAGCUCCUGUGUACGUGCCUGUCCUAGCUCCAAAAUGGAGGUUGAAGAAAAUGGUAUUAAGAUGUGCAAACCCUGCACUGACAUUUGUCCUAAAGCGUGUGAUGGCAUUGGCACAGGGAGUUUGGUGUCAGCUCAAACUGUGGACUCCAGCAACAUUGACAAGUUCAUAAACUGCACCAAGAUCAAUGGAAACCUGAUUUUUCUUGUCACUGGGAUUCAUGGGGACCCAUAUCACACAAUUGCAGCUAUCGACCCAGAGAAAUUAAAUAUCUUCCAAACAGUGAGAGAGAUAACAGGUUACCUGAAUAUACAGUCAUGGCCUGAAAACAUGACAGAUUUCAGAGUGUUUUCUAACUUAGUUACCAUAGGUGGGAGAGCCCUUUACAGUGGCCUUUCCUUACUUAUCCUCAAGCAGCAGGGGAUUACUUCUCUACAGUUCCAGUCCUUGAAACAGAUCAGUGCAGGCAACAUCUACAUAACUGACAACAGUAAUCUGUGUUACUACCAUACAGUCAACUGGAGCAGCCUUUUCAGCACACCCACCCAAAAGACAGUGAUCCACCGAAAUAAAAAGGCUGAGAACUGCACUGCAGAUGGAAUGGUGUGUAACAAAUUAUGCUCCAGUGAUGGCUGUUGGGGACCAGGACCAGACCAGUGCCUCUCCUGCAAGCGUUUCAUCAGAGGAAGGACCUGUAUAGAGUCUUGUAACCUUUAUGAUGGUGAAUUUCGAGAGUUUGCAAAUGGUUCUGUCUGCAUGGAAUGUGAUCCCCAGUGUGAGAAGAUGGAAGACAACAUGAUCACGUGCUAUGGACCAGGGCCAGACCAUUGCACCAAGUGUUUCCAUUUUAAGGAUGGGCCAAACUGUGUAGAAAAGUGCCCUGAUGGUUUGCAGGGAGCAAACAGCUUCAUUUUCAAAUAUGCUGACGAGGACCGUGAAUGCCAUCCUUGUCAUCCGAACUGUACCCAAGGGUGCAUAGGUCCACGUAUUGAGGACUGCAUCGGCCUGAUGGAUAGGUGUAGAGGUCCCGCUAGUCAUGACUGCAUUUACUAUCCAUGGACACGCCAGUCCACUUUACCACAAUAUGCUAGAACCCCCCUGAUUGCUGCGGGAGUGAUUGGUGGACUCUUCAUCAUCGUUAUUGUGGGCCUGACGUUUGCUGUUUAUGUUCGGCGCAAGAGCAUUAAGAAAAAGAGGGCCCUACGAAGGUUUCUGGAAACUGAGCUAGUGGAACCCUUGACACCAAGUGGUACUGCACCAAACCAAGCACAACUUCGUAUUCUGAAGGAAACAGAGCUAAAGCGAGUCAAGGUCCUUGGCUCUGGAGCCUUUGGAACAGUGUAUAAGGGCAUUUGGGUCCCUGAAGGAGAAACUGUAAAGAUUCCUGUGGCUAUUAAGAUUCUUAAUGAGACUACAGGCCCCAAGGCCAAUGUGGAGUUCAUGGAUGAAGCUCUUAUUAUGGCAAGCAUGGAUCAUCCACACCUGGUACGACUCUUGGGGGUCUGCUUGAGCCCUACCAUUCAGCUGGUCACUCAACUGAUGCCUCAUGGCUGUUUGUUGGACUAUGUUCAUGAACAUAAGGAUAACAUUGGCUCCCAGCUCCUGCUAAACUGGUGUGUCCAAAUAGCUAAGGGAAUGAUGUACCUGGAAGAGAGGAGACUGGUACACCGAGAUCUGGCAGCCCGGAACGUCUUGGUGAAAUCACCAAACCACGUGAAGAUCACUGAUUUUGGCCUGGCCAGGCUCCUAGAAGGGGAUGAAAAGGAAUAUAAUGCUGAUGGUGGAAAGGUAGAUUUUAUGCCAAUUAAGUGGAUGGCUCUGGAGUGUAUACACUACAGGAAAUUCACCCAUCAAAGUGAUGUUUGGAGCUAUGGAGUUACUAUCUGGGAGCUUAUGACUUUUGGUGGAAAGCCCUAUGAUGGAAUCCCAACACGGGAAAUUCCUGACCUGUUGGAGAAAGGGGAAAGGUUGCCUCAGCCUCCCAUCUGCACCAUUGAUGUUUACAUGGUGAUGGUGAAAUGCUGGAUGAUUGAUGCUGACAGUCGGCCUAAGUUCAAGGAGCUGGCUGCUGAAUUUUCAAGAAUGGCUCGAGACCCUCAAAGAUACCUGGUUAUUCAGGGUGAUGAUCGUAUGAAGCUUCCAAACCCUAAUGACAGCAAAUUCUUCCAAAAUCUACUGGAUGAGGAGGACCUGGAAGAUAUGAUGGAUGCUGAAGAAUAUCUUGUUCCACAAGCGUUUAAUAUCCCUCCUCCCAUCUACACUUCCAGGGCAAGAAUUGACUCCAACAGGCAGCCUUCCAGCAGCAUUCCUGGAGCACUGGAGCUGCUAUGCAAAAGAACAGGGCGUGGGAAUGCUGGACCCUGCCCAGGGAUGAAGCAGAGUGAAAUUGGACACAGCCCUCCUCCUGCGUACACCCCUAUGUCAGGAAACCAGUUUUUGUAUAGAGAUGGCGGCUUCACUGCUGAACAAGGAGUGCCUCUGCCAUACAGACCCACUGGCUGCAUAGUACCAGAGGCCCCAGUUAUCCAAGGAGCUGCAGCAGAGAUCUUUGAUGACACUUGCUGUAAUGGCACACUGCGGAAGCAGGUGGCUACCCUUGCACAAGAGGACAGCAGCACUCAGAGGUAUAGUGCUGACCCAACAGUAUUUGUACCUGAGCGGGGUCCACGGAGUGAGUUAGAUGAAGAUGGAUACAUGACUCCAAUGCGUGACAAGCCCAAAACAGAUUAUUUGAACCCAGUAGAGGAGAAUCCAUUUGUCUCCCGCCGGAAGAACGGUGAUCUCCAAGCUCUGGACAACCCAGAGUAUCACAAUGCUCCAAAUGGGCAAUCCAAAGCAGAGGAUGAAUAUGUGAAUGAGCCAUUGUACCUCAACACCUUUGCUAACACUUUGGAAAAUGCCGAGUACCUGAAGAACAAUGGGCUUCCUUUGCCGGAGAAAUCCAAGAAGGCCUUUGACAACCCAGAUUACUGGAAUCACAGCCUGCCACCACGAAGCACCCUCCAGCACCCGGACUACCUGCAGGAGUACAGCACAAAAUAUUUUUACAAACAAAAUGGACGGAUCCGGCCCAUCGUGGCAGAGAACCCUGAAUACCUCUCUGAGUUCUCCCUGAAGCCUGGCACUGUGCUGCCCCCACCACCCUACAGACACCGAAACACAGUGGUGUAGUAACAACAGUAUUACAGAAGUGGAGAGGCAACCCCUUUUUAGCAGCCUCUCUUUCUUUCUCUCUCUCUCUCUCUCUCUCUUCCUUUCUCCUGUGAGCUUCCUCUUCUUACCAGUUCACUCACUUUGAUAUUUCCAAGUGGAAGGACACCUUUAAGUCAUCUGCCGAUUGGGUUGGGAACCCAGAAGGAAAGAAAGAAAGAGAACGAAAGGAGGACAAAAUCUGGCAUUUCUCGCUUUCCACAGACCCAGAGGGUCAGAAGGUCAGACAAGCCAGAGAAUACCAGUAAAGGCCAGUGGCAGUGUUGCCUGCUGUCAAGCUAAUUCUCAGUGAUUCAACUUGGAUGCUGUAGGGAAAGUCACACAGUGUCUGUUUCUAUCAGCAGGAACUGAUGAGAGUCUAUUCAGCAUUCCUGGAAAUCGCAAUGCAGUUUCCAUUAGGGAAAAAAAAAGGACAAUUUUUUAUACCAUGUGUGAUAGCAUAAUAAUUGAGAUUGAAAAUCCAAUUUCUUUCUCUAACACUUUCUAUCCCAGCAACUGAAAAUGGCUAACCCAGCUUUCCAUAACCAUUCAGAUCUUCGUCGUGGCCAUCCAAGAAAUAAUGACAGCAGCAACAAUAAUGAUUUGAUUCUUUGCAUCUGGCCAUUCCCUUCUUCUUAGCCACUCCCACAGUUUUGUUCCAUUUCCUAACCAUGGAGACUUUAACUCAAAGCUCCUGUGCAUGACAUUACCGUGUGUGUCUACAUGCCAACAAGUAUUUUAAACACAAAACCAUCCUUUCAGGAAAGAAAUCUAACAAAACAAAUGUAAACCUCCAACAUCCUUUUUUUGAAAGCAAAGGAGAGAGGCUAGGACUCAAGAUUUGUAUCCACAGGGCCUCACUUUCAUGUUUUAUACCUAUUGAUUAUACGAAAAGAAAAAAAAAAACCAACAUGCAAUUUUCCCCUCUAUUUCUUUUUGCUCAUUGAUUAAAUUGCUUGGGGAUGCAGUAGGCAACACUGAGGACAAGAUGGAGGGAGGAGAGUUUAAUAUAGCUCAAAAACCCUGUUGGUGUUCCAAGGGGUGGCCCAAACAGGGGGUCUUUUAAACUGGAAAGAAGACACUGGACUGGAUAAAAUGCACAUAGCAGUUCACUGGAAAGUUAGUUUGCACUUAAGCUAUGAUUUUAUUUGUUCUCACUAUGAACUGUUUUCUGGAUUUUGAAUGAAGCAAUAUGGAAGUGACCAGCAAAAUAAAAUAAUUUUAAGUUAAAAGUGAAAUUAUAUAUAAAGGACAACUGUGGAAAUGCCAAAACGAAGCAAAUCAAGUCUUUGGAACAGUGUCCACUGGUUCUGAGAGGCCAGUACAGUGACUACUUCAGAGAGUACAGUGAAGGAGUAACCAGUUCUACUGCUGCCGCAUGAAGGAAAGCAAAGCAAGCACUGGAGGAAGUCAGGGGAGAAAAAUGUCCAGCUCUGUCUUGAAGUACACCAAGGAUGCAAGUUUUCUAAAAAGAGAAAUGCUCUGGCACAGAAGAUAGUAUAUACAAGGUUUUAGAAGCUGAAAUGUGCAUGACUCCGAGCUUUCAUUCAAAAAUGUAAAUAAGUAUGAGUCUGUCUCCAUGCACUUAGUGCCCUUUCAUGAUUUCAGCUUUUACAUAGAUCUUUGAUUUAUUUGCCCCAUGACUCAAAAUAAAUUUAGUCAGAAACAUUUUAGUAUUGGAAACAGAACACCAGAUGGACACAGGGUAGGGGAAAGGGAAAAUAUAGUGACGAGUAGCAUCAGUAGUCCUGCUUUGGAAACACUGAGACUCAGAUCCACUAAGGAAUAUUAGCACCAAACUCUCACUAUGAUCCUAAAUAAAAAUUAGGUGUCUAAAUAUGUAUGGAUCUGUGCCUAAAUUUUUAACUGUUAAGUUUUUAAGAAAAAAAUAAUGGUUGAACAGAAAUUGGAGGUGAGACAGGCUAAUGCACUUUGGCUGCCCCCUCCCACCUCUGAGCACAUGUAUAGGCAGCCUUUGGUACUAUUAACAUUAAAAUCCUUAUUGUGAUGAAACCGAGCAAUAGGUACAUGGCUGGUGAAUGGCCUAGAAAUGUCAUGCAUAUUUUUUCUUAAAUCCUAAAUAAUGUAAUGGGUGGCCACCAGCCACGAGCUGCCUGCCAAAGAGGCAGGCAAGGGAAUAAACUACAACCCUCAUCCUUGUUCCACUGUUGAGUUAAUUUUAAGAGCUGAUGUCCAGCAGUAUUAUAUGAGCAGCCACACUGAUUGCCACAGGUGACUUCCCAUCACCUGACUCCCUCACUUAUUCCAAGGAUUGGCAUGAAAUAUAUGUAUAUGUAAUUCACUGUGUUACAGGAUUUACUAGAUAAAAUUAUUAGUGGAACAGAAGGGGCCCUUUGAUUUCAAAUAUGGGUAUGUUCCUAGUUUUGUGGUUUGAAACAGAAUUUGUGGAUAUCUCUACAAUGUCCCUGUGGAUUUCAGGUUAAGGCUAGUUCCACCUAUGGGGCAUUACAGAAUUAGGUGCAAUUAAGUCAAUUUGAACUAGCUGAACUUAAUUACCAGCUGCUGUGCAAUUAUUAAACACAUAAACCCUGAAUGUAGAUAAAUGGUUUAAAAGCAGCAACAACAACAAAUCUUUGAAGGAGGCAUUGUGGCCAGCUGGUCACUUAAUAAAUCAGUGUGUUGUGGCAGAACAAAAUGAAUAGCAGACCAUUAAAGCAGGAUAAAUAGUUACAAAAGCCUUGUGUAUCUCAGAGGAAGCCUCUUUGUAGAGCGAGGGCUCUUCUGCUCUUGGGUCCUUUCCAUAAGCCCCAGUAAUGUUAACGGGAAAUAUAGGCAGACAUUAAGGAAGCCCAAUCCUGGGAAAACUUAUGUCAACAGGAAGCACUGACUGUGCUAAAAGUUAAGCACGUGUGGAAGUCUGCAAGACUGGGGCCUCAGAGUUAAGCUUCUUGAGAAGAGGGAAUGGACAAACAGUAACGUUCUGGGUUUUUAUGUCCCAUUUGUGAUUCAAAAAACACUGAGAAUAUGAAGGAACAGGGGGGCUUAAUCUCAGUGAACAGAUGUGAAAGUCAAGAAACUCCUAAUGGAAAAUCUCUGUCCAGGCAAUGUGUUUGUUAAUGAAGGGGUGCACUAAAGGACCGAUGAAGAGAGAGAUGUGCACAUCUUGAAAAUAUUGAAGGGAAUUCCACAUAAGUUCAUUAGGAUCCACCUGCUACAUGGUGGGAAACUGGCUUGUGUUCUCUAGUAAUUCAGUAUCAUCAUAACAUUAAAAAAUAAGCCCCACUGAAUAAAUGAAGUGUAAAUAAAUCUGGUCUUUAAUAGUCUAACCUUUUUCCCCCAAAACUUGAAUUACAAAUGAAUUAUUUAUUCAUUUUUUUAAUUGCUGAUUGUGAAUAUGAUAUAAUAUACUCGGUAAUGUGGAAGUGCAGAGGUUCCAUGCACUGAGCAUGAAAGCCCGAGGCAAAGCAGCCACAGAAAUGGCCAGUGAAUUGCAGAGGCUGAUCAGUGCCAAAUGUGUCACCGAUAAUUCUGGGCAAGCAAACAAUUAAAGCAAAUUUGUCGCUAAUGAAAAUUCAGGUGGUGAAAUGCCAAAUGAAUUGCAUAACAACAAAUGGUUACCAUCUAUUUAUCUUAGGCUCCUGGUCUGGGUUGUGUGCAACCAAAAUUUCCUUUAAAAAUCCAUUGCUCUGUAUACAAUUGACCUGUGUAUAAUGUAUUGACCUGGGUUGAACUGAACUUUUUUUUCUGUCUUUUUUUUUCUUCAAGGGAUGAUUAAUCUUAAUGUUCAACAAAACACAAAGUCAAUAGUCUGUAUUGUUAUGUAUGCUCUGAAUGUUUUUCACCAGAAAUAUCUGACUGGUUUAUUGCCUCUUUGCCAUAGAAUCAGAGUGCUUCCGAAGCCUUACAGAAAUAACAAACAGUAUCUAUCUCUUCUUCUCUGAUAAGAGUAACUAACUUGAUAGACUUAAUUUGUGUAUUAUUCUUAGUUUUUAUCAUCAUCAUCAUCUUGGAGAGGUGAGACCAUUCAUCACGUAAGGUGAAGCUCGGGUUUUAUUUUUAAAUGAAAAAUCGAAUUUUCUGUGGAAAGCAGGUGCUUUUCACAAAAAAAAAAUCAUUUCAUAAAAAAAAUCAAUUUUCUGAUGAAAACCAGUUUUGAGAGAGAAUUUUUUCACUAGACUUAAUUAAAUCUCAGGUUCUACAUCUGUCUCUAAAGCCCUUGGACAAGUUUUAAUGACUUUAUUAAUCACAUUUUCCUAUUUAUAUAUGUUUCUGUCUCCCCUGUCACGGAAUACCUGUUGGGAGAAUACCGAAUAACUUCAGGAGAAAAAAAAUGCCUGAAUGUAUUGUCAAACGCACAGCGCAAACAAACCAAAUGAAAAGGGUGGGGGGGGGGUGAGAAAGAGUUUCCUUUUUCCUAAUCUCUUUUGGUGAUAGCCAUCUUCACUGUUACUUAUGCCAACAGAAGCUAAAAGAAUUUCAGGGGAAAUUGUGAUGUGGAAGUUGAUGGUUUCCUAUAACUAUUGAUGGAAACCAACUAGAGCUUAACUUGACAGUAUCCUUCUUUAACUAACUUUUUCACUGACCAGUUUUUAAAUUGACCUCAUUCCUUUUAACUCAUUUUUUUAAUUAACCAUGUUUUUUAAAUUGACAAUGCCUGCCUAUUUAAAUGCAAGAGAGUUUCAGAAUUAUUCAGAGGAGUAAUCUGUUUAAUGUAGAAAAAAAUGGAAAAAACAGAAACUUAGUACUUAUUGCUAUAAGAAGGAGCAGCCUGUAAUGAAACCUCAGACCACAAACCUUUCUAUUUGGGUCGAGAAAUUCAGUAUUAACACUGCCAGCUGCUUUGCAUCUUUUAAUUGAAAAAAAAUGUAAAGCAUGAACACAAAAGUUGCAGAGAGGCAGCUUGUUCCUUUCAUUUCUGCAGGUUGAUGGAAAAUUGGGACUGCCCUGUCUCACUUUUCCAACAACUGGUAGGUCCCAGAAGGCAUUGACAGAGUGAAGAUUAUACUUGUUUAUAUUUUGCUGGGGCAGAGCAGACCAGCAUGCACACAGCAAAGAUCGGAUCCUGUUAUUGUUAUGGGCAAUGGGGGCUCAACUGUGAACUAAGGGAGACCUUUUCUCUCUUUCGGAGGGAAGGAGGGAAACCUUUGCACUAGAGUGAACAUAUUGAGCCUAAUCAUCUGUUGCCCUGUACCUUACACCUGCCAAGAGUGGGUAUAAUUUCCAAUUUAGCAUCAUUAAUAUGAGGGAUUUGUAGAACCUGAUUCUGUAGUGCUUGCCUACAUACACAGGGAAAGUAAUUCAGAGCAAGGUAGGAUUUGAAUUUAAAGCCCAAUAACUAUUCCCUACUAAUGCUGUGUCUGGGCACCCUUAUUCUGGACCGUGGGUCUCAUUCAGAAUUACUUUAAUGCUCUUCCAAUGUGAGUUAAGCUCAGAAUAAGGCACUCUUCCUCCAGAAAAGGAAAUCUAUACAGGGAGUUAGCAGGAAUAGGUAAUCAGAAGUAGUUUUGCAGAAUGCCUGUACUUGUAGAUAAGGCCUUAGCUACUCUAAGCACCUUUGCUCUCCCAGGCUUGAAUUAUUGCUUACACUAUGGCAGGGAUAUCAAAAUUAUCAUGCCUCACUGACCAGAUGAGUAGUAUUGGGCUGGUCUUCAGACCAGACUGGGCCCACAGACAAGCCCUGAGUGCUGAGUCCAGUGUGCAGGGCCAGUUCAACAUGGGUGCCAUGGACAGUGUAUGUCCCAGCCCAGCUCAGAGUGCAGCAGCAUUGUGGCGCUGCCAGCAUUGUACAUCCAGACCAGCCUGAAGUGCAGCUGGCAGCAUGUCCCUCACACUGGCCCCAAGUGUGGCCAUCAUCAUGUGCCUGGGACCAGCUGAGUGCAGCAUGCACCCCGGGGCAGUCCUGAGUAGAGCCAGUGUGUGCUGGGACCGGCCUUGCACACUGUCUGCAGUGCACACCAGACCAGCCCUCCCCUCCCCAUGCACCAUGAGGGGUUGGUCUGAUGUGCACCACAUGCAGUGCACAGGUCCACUCUGAUAUCACGUAUCACUGCAGACUAGAUGAUAGGGCUCCAUGGGCCUCUGGCCCACAGACCAUAUCUUUGACAUGCUUGCAUUAAGACCUUUUUAUAUCAGUGUGGCAGCAUUAAAAGGCAGAAAGUGAGAGAGAGUCAUAAAAAGACAGUAGAAUAGCUCAGGAUUAGGCCUACUCUAUUCUGGGGCUAUACCCAUUCCACUCUUCAGUUUAAAGCAGUUUCCAGGCUGCUUUGCUUCCCCCAGCUUCCUAUUCUCUCCUGUGCCAGGGGCUGGGAGCUGGGCCAGUCUAGAGCUUUCAUGCCAUCACUACACCAGCCAGCCAAGCCCUCCACACAAAAGAUAUUCUCCAGUGGCAUAGAGGCACUUUGCUCACUGGGUUGAUAGCAUUCUCCAUACGCUCUGUGCUUGCUUUUUAAAGUUGUGCGUGCAUGGCAGGUACCGAGGAGAAUAGGAAAGCCUUUGCUUUGCUUUCACAUUUAUGCUUGGGGGCCCUUUUAGCUACACAGUGGGAGCAUCUACACAUGCAAUUAAUGUGCAGCAAUAAACUCUGGCACAUAUUGCACCAGAGUUUAUUGCUCCCAGGUGCCACGUUUGAAUGUGCCGGGGACAGCACAUUCAACUGGGUCAGAGCAGCCCCAGCUGGCAGGGAGCCCAGGGGUCUGCCUGCCAGACUGGGACCAGUCUGACCCAGCUCAAUGUGCUGCAGAGGGGCUGGCUGGGGCACGAGGGUGUCCCAGUGUGGAACUAGCCUGCAGGAAAUCCUUGCACUGAAUCACCUUUUGUGCCCCAGCCAGCCCCAUCAGCAUCUACAUGUGUGUUGCUGUGGAGUAAAAAGCUCCACUGUAGGGUGGUACUUGUGUUUACAAGUACUAACCUGUGGCAGAGUUAACUUGUUUACUUUAUCCUAAUAGCACUGCUCAUGUAGACACUGAGAUGUUUACAGUGGAGCUAAUUAGGCAGCUCUACAGUAAACGUUUCAUGUACACGUGCCCAGCAAGGAGCAUUCACGCCCACCGCCUGGCUCACUUACAUUGACAGAAUUGUGUAAAUGAGCUGCGGCGUAACUAAGACUUUCUUCUCAGAGACCUGUUUGGCUUUUAAAGAACGACCCAAAGUAGAGGAAGUUGCCUUUAAUUUCACUCUGUAAAUACCUUUUAAAAGGUGAUUUGAGCUUUCACUCGCAAUAACAACAUGAAGACUGUAAAUUUAGUUGUAUCAUUUUCCAGCUCAUUUUCAAAUCUGCCACUUGUAAUUCUCUCAUUACCAUUGACCUCAGACCUCCCACUGCUGCUAACAACACUUGAUGUAUUUACUGUAAUGUAACAACAAUUUUUUUGAAAGUUGGGAGUUAUGCAGUAUUGAUAGUUUGGGUUGCUGUUCUAUUUUUUGUUUUAUUGUUCAAACUUCAUCCUGUGGUAGAUACUGCUGCAGUCUAACAGCACAUCCUUUGAAUAGCAUUGCUGUCUUUGAGAUACUUUUUUGAUCGAGUGUUCCACAGAUGGGUAGGUAAUUAUAUAUGUACAUAUUAAUACUUGGGGAUGAACAAAAACAAAGAAUUGUGGCUGCAAGCACCAAGCUGGUUUUCUCCGAAAACUUAAUUUAUUUUUUUUUUACGGUAAAUUUACAUGUUGCACUUAAACUGUACUGAAUCUAUGGAAUCUCACGUGGUGUGAAAGUUAAAGCAGCAGCUGUGAGCAGUUGCACGUUAAGAAUUAAGAGUUUCUUACCUCCACAACUUUGACUUGCCACUAGAGGGCUGGUGAGCAGGGGCAUGUCUAGGAGCCAGAGUAUCUGGGGUGUAUGCCUGUUCUAAGGAUGGGGGCUGGGAGUGGUACAUCCUGAGAUGCUGACACUCAGAGUACACUUAGCACAAGUUAAUAGUGAGUUUUAAUGCAUGGGUGCUUACAUUUUAAGUACUUGUAGUAUGGUCUAAGUGUAACGUGUAACUUGACCCUGACUACUUCUUCUGAGUCUCUUCUAAAAGUAAAGACCAGAUACAAACCCUCUUACCUUGAGCAGUACCUUACUUGCCAGUCAUUGCAUUCAGUAAGCUUAUUCAACUAGUAAUGCAUCUUCUUAAUUUUUAUAUUGUGAAGCACAUAGAGGCCCAAAGUUUUUUUUCUAGGCGCUGUACAUAUUUGCCCCAAAUCAGGAACUUGUUUCAAGUGCAUUGAAGUUGAUGGGAAGAAGUCAUGUGCUUCAAGAACAUGAUUAAGCACUUUCCUAAACCAGUCAUAAGCUGCUUCCCCAUGCAGGUAUCUUACAAGGUAGGUAUGACUGAAAAGCAACUACCAGAAGAAUAGGAUGGAGGGGGAGCAGUAAGGUGAUCAGGCAAUCAUGAAAUUAGUGAAAUAACAGCACUCCAGCUGCCUAGUCAUUAUCAGGAGUAAUUAUCAUCGAAGGAGUGAGUAGGUAGGAGAGAUUUAAAGGUACUGCUCAGCAUAUGUACAUGUGCCCCAGUGUAGCCCCCCUAAAACUUAGUCCUUGACAAGCUCAGAUGGGAAAACAGUUUUAUUCUUUGCAAGUAAUCCCUUCCCAUUGGUAUGAGACCCAUCUUGCCCUGCCCAACAUUUGAACUUCCGUAGGGAGAAAGCACUGUAUUAUCCAUAACACUCCGAAGACUAAACCAUUUUGGGAUAACCACAGUAACGAACUGUGAAUGGUAUUUUAUAGGUGUAGAUAUGUAAGCCGUUCUUUUGAAGUAAAGUACUAUGACAUAUGUAGCAUAAACUGGUACUGCUGUUAAAUGGGUCGAUUAUUAAACUGAGCAGCUGUGUAAAAGGUAGCUAACUUUAAAUGCACUAAAAUCAAUGUUCUUUUGUAUGUGACAAAACUUAGAUGAACUGUGUUGUUACUGGGGAUUGUGAAAGUUGUACUUUUGCUUUUUGUUUUUUCCAAAGGAAGUUUUUAAUUGAGGCCCAACUCCAUGUGCCCCGAAGUGAAAUACUAGAUCUGAUCCCCCCUGCCUCCCCUGAAUUUUGUGGGAUGUUGAGAGUAAAUUAAAAUGGAUGCAUUUUUUAAUUUUGAAACUUAAAUGACAUUUUACAUUCUGAAUGUUGGCAAUGAUAAGUUGGUCAUAUUAAGCUUAUUUUUAUCCACAUUCCAGGAUUUUUUUUUUAAAUUUUCUGAGUUUUGAGUUUAGCACCACAGGAUUGGAAGGGACCCCAGGGUUCAUAUAAUCCCAACGUCAGAAAGAUAAAAUACAAACAAAUUAAAAAAAAAAAUUCUCUGUGUAAGUCAUUCUAAUUCAUCUGUUCAUAUGAAAUCCCUUGCUUGGGCUCAUAUCUAUGUGUGUCUGUGCACACACCCAAGCCCCCGUUUUGUGUGUGCAUGCGUUCAUUCUCCUCAAGAGACUGCUUCAAGGCCCAAUGCUGAAUAGAUUUGCCAGAGUCUGAUACAGCAUCUCUUGAAAGCAAAGGAUUAAACCCCAAGCUAGGCCACAGUGUAAUGUCAUGAGGUUUCAGUAAUAGAAACCUUAUUCACAGCACAAGAAAACUGUUGAGUUCAUGGCCUACAUCUGCCACAUCCUUCUCAUCAAGGCAUCUCCUUAAAGAAUCAACAUGGGUGCUUAACUAGAGGUACCUGAAAAGGCAGAGAUUUUGUGUGUGCUGAUUCCCUGCGCAAGAUAGAAAUGCUGAGAAUGGUAUGAGGCAUAACAACACUGCCAGGUGUCCAGGGCAGCUAUAACAUAUGGGAUCAGCAGUGACUUCUGGUUACCACCAGUGCAACCAUGCGGCUGCAGCAGCAGUGCUUUUUUUCAGCCCACCCUCCAGCCCCAAUUACCCAUGCUAGUUGCACUACUGCAUAACGUACUGAAGGCCAAACUAGUUCUGAACAUGCUGAACUCUGAGAACCAGGUUACAUUGUCCUAGAUGGAGCAUUGCAUUGAUGCAGUUAUAUUGCUUCUGAAGCAGGUCCAUUAAGAACUAGCUUGGGUGUCUCUGUACAAAGAUGCAAUUUGCUAUGUAGACAUCCCAAUGAAAAACUCUGCCUUAGAAGUACUUUCAAAGAAAAGAUAAGCGACAUCAUUACGGGGAAAGACAUUUUCAUUUUACAUGACAUGGUGCAUUCAGAGUUAGCUGCUUUUUAGAAACAAAAAAACAAAAAAAAUACUACUGUAUGUUACUUUGAAAAUGUGAAUAGUAUUUUUAUAGCUUGUUAAAGACACGGCUAGUUGCAUUUGUAAAUAAGGAUAAUGUUGCUUUUAUUUUCCUUUGUGGACACCAUUAUUUGGAACAUAAUUGUCUUUAGGGUUGAUUUGUAUAUAAGUAAUUUGCUUGUGAUUUAUUUCCCCCCUGCUUUCUUUCUUCCCCUCCCCUACUCCCCCUCCCCCCUCACCUACAGUUUUGGUUAGAAGUAUCAUUUUUGACAUUCUGUGUGAGUCUGUGUUUAGCACUAUUGUGGUGUGUUCAGACUUCCUGCACUUGCUUACACAGUAGGGUAUGCCAAUUGUGUGUGGCGUAAUGUUACUUUAACCUUUUGUUUCUCAUAUUUCAGCUAGGAAGAAUUAUGCACUGUUAAAAUACAUAUUGACUUGGUUAAUAUUAGCUAUAUAUUUUAGUAUAAUUUCCCUUCUUUUCCCUGUUAUUUUUGUCCUUUUUCCUUUUUUAUUUUUUUUUCCUUAUUUCUUUUCUUUCUUUCUUUUUGGAGGCUGGGGAGAAACCUGUGGAUCUUUUCUGUGUGUGAUUAGGCUCUUUUUUCAGUGUAUGCUCCCAAGCUCCUCAUUCUGGCUUUCUGGGCUAGAGUUUUAUCCGUUUGUUAAGACAAAUGUAGACUGCGACCUGCUUUGCCUCAACCCACACUGGUCAUCCCGGCUGAACAAUUUGAAAACUGUUCUGCAUUUUUGUUACAUGAAUCUGUCAGAAAUAUAUUUUUAAUUUAAUAUAAAUGAAAUUCAAUAAAAUAUGAAACAAAU